CUCGGUGUCUCGUAGUUUAAAAUGGCGGCGUUGAGCAGCGCCGAGUCCCCACCGGCCGUCUUUAACGGAGAGCCGAUGGCGCACGACGCGGAGCGGGAGCCGGGGCCGGGACUGGAGGCGCUGAGCGCGGGGUUCGGUCCGGUCUGUACGGCGUGUUCCGCGUCCGCCGAGGCCGAGCAUCGCCACGACAUUCCCGAGGAGAUAUGGAAUAUCAAACAGAUGAUUAAGCUGACUCAAGAGCACAUAGAGGCACUUCUGGACAAGUUUGGUGGUGAGCACAACCCUCCGUCCAUAUACCUGGAGGCUUACGAAGAGUACACCAGUAAACUCGACGCUUUACAGCAGAGAGAGCAGCAGCUGCUGGAGGCCAUUGGGAAUGGCACAGAGUUCUGCUCCUCCCCUACUCCAGCACCGCUGGAGGCCAGGUUGGGAGCGACCCCAAGCACUGCUCCGACCCCUAACACUUUGACAGUGUUGCAGGCUCCGACUGAUGCCACCCGCGCUAACCCACGUUCACCCCAGAAACCCAUCGUCAGAGUCUUUCUGCCCAAUAAACAGAGGACGGUGGUCCCAGCACGAUGUGGGAUGACUGUAAGGGACUCCUUAAAGAAGGCUCUGAUGAUGCGAGGUCUGAUCCCAGAAUGCUGUGCUGUCUACAGGAUUCAAGACGGUGAGAAGAAGCCCAUUGGCUGGGAUACAGACAUUUCUUGGUUAACUGGUGAGGAGCUUCACGUUGAGGUUUUAGAGAACGUCCCCCUGACAACCCAUAAUUUUGUGAGGAAGACCUUCUUCACGUUGGCCUUCUGCGAUUUCUGCCGGAAGCUGCUUUUCCAGGGUUUCCGCUGCCAGACGUGUGGUUACAAGUUUCACCAGCGCUGCAGCACUGAGGUGCCACUCAUGUGUGUCAACUACGACCAGCUGGAUUUAUUAUUGACGUCCAAGUUUCUGGUGCACCACCCAAUCACCCAGGAGGAGGUGUCAUCAGAGGGCACCACCCCGGUGUCAGAGGUGUGUCCAUCUAUUCCACCAUCUGACUCCAUGGGAUCGCUGUGCCACCCGACCGUGUCCCCGUCCAAAUCCAUUCCCAUCCCGCAAAGUUUCCGGCCAGGAGAGGAAGACCACCGUAAUCAGUUUGGCCAGAGAGACCGCUCUUCCUCAGCUCCCAACGUCCAUAUCAACACAAUCGAGCCAGUCAACAUUGAUGACUUGAUUCGUGAUCAAGGUUUACAGAGGUCUGACGGAGGCUCCACUACCGGACUCUCAGCCACGCCCCCUGCCUCCCUACCCGGUUCCCUAACCAAUGUGAAGGUGCCACAGAAGUCGCCGUGCCAACAGCGGGAGCGCAAGUCGUCGUCCUCAUCUGAGGACCGCAAUAAAAUGAAAACGUUGGGCCGACGGGACUCCAGUGAUGACUGGGAGAUUCCAGAGGGUCAGAUCACUCUGGGUCAGCGGAUAGGAUCUGGCUCUUUUGGAACCGUCUACAAGGGAAAGUGGCAUGGUGACGUGGCAGUCAAGAUGUUGAAUGUCACUGCUCCCACUCCUCAACAACUACAGGCCUUUAAGAAUGAAGUAGGGGUCCUCAGGAAAACUCGGCAUGUCAAUAUCCUGCUCUUCAUGGGUUACACCACCAAGCCACAGCUGGCCAUCGUGACGCAGUGGUGUGAAGGCUCAAGUCUUUACCACCACUUGCACAUCAUCGAGACUAAGUUCGAGAUGAUCAAACUAAUCGACAUCGCCCGCCAGACGGCCCAGGGCAUGGACUAUCUGCAUGCCAAAUCCAUCAUUCACAGAGACCUGAAGAGCAACAAUAUCUUCUUGCAUGAGGACCUGACAGUUAAGAUUGGUGAUUUUGGUCUGGCUACAGUGAAGUCGCGCUGGAGUGGAUCACACCAGUUUGAGCAGCUGUCAGGCUCAAUCCUGUGGAUGGCUCCUGAGGUGAUCCGACUGCAGGAUAAGAACCCAUACAGCUUUCAGUCAGAUGUCUACGCUUUUGGUAUCGUCCUGUACGAGCUCAUGUCGGGGGCGUUGCCUUACUCCAACAUCAACAACAGGGACCAGAUCAUCUUCAUGGUGGGUCGAGGUUACCUCUCCCCUGACCUGAGCAAAGUGCGCAGCAACUGCCCCAAAGCCAUGAAGAGACUCAUGGCUGACUGCUUGAAGAAGAAAAGAGAGGAGCGACCUCUGUUCCCUCAGAUCCUGGCCUCUAUUGAACUGUUGGCACGCUCACUACCCAAAAUCCACCGCAGCGCCUCAGAACCAUCCCUCAACCGCGCCGGCUUCCAGACAGAAGACUUCAGUCUGUACGCCUGCGCCUCGCCUAAAACACCCAUCCAGGCUGGAGGCUACGGGGAGUUUUCAGCUUUUAAGUAGUGCUGCCGACUCAAACACUCAUCCCUGGUCACUUUUUCUGAUGUCUUGUGUUCCUACAGUGGGUUCAUCCUUACAACUGAAAAGAAAAAAAAAAUAGUUUCAAAGAAUGUGCUGUUUUUCUUCCUCUUUACCCAAAAAAGCAAUGGUAUUGACAGAAGCACUAUUAAAAAAAAAAAAAGAAUAAAAAAUCGGAAAAAAAAAUCAGCUGGGCAUUAUGGCUGGGGAAAAAAAAAAAAUCAAUCACCACAACCCCCAGACCAGGAAAAGCGCAUAAAAUGUAAACGACGCUGACGGACAGAAACGUGAGGGUGGCCACUGGAUGAAAGAAGACAACGAAUAAAGGACAUUAAAGUCUUGCCAUGAGAGGUGGGACGCCCUGCCCACUCACUCCUCACUUUUUUUUUUUUAAAUAUAAAGUUAGCGCUGGCCAAUCAGAGCGCAGAACCAACACUUUGACCAGUGGCAUGAUUCUGGAGAAGUGCCCUGCCCUGCCCUGCCCUGCUCAUUGGGUGGCGUGACAGAAGGUCCAGGUUAAAGCCAGAUGAUGUGAAUAGCAUUUAGAGACCUUUUUUUUUUUUUUGGCUGCCUUGUACUGUACUGAUUUUUGUUACAUUUCCGUUGGCCAGAGCUGCUGGCGACUUUCUCUUUCUUGAUGUUUGUUUGCUUUGAGUUUUUGGUUUUGGGGGUUGGGUUUUGUUUGUUUGUUUGUUUGUUUGUUUGUUUGUUUGUUUGUUUGUUUGUUUUGGUUUUUUUUUUUUGUCUUUCCCCCUCUCUUUCCUUUGCUGUUCAAGAACAUGCGCAUAGCACAUCCAGUACAUUCCUUCAAGUUCACUUCUCAAAAGGACUGACGACACUUCUGACCCAUUUCAGAGUUCCCCAAUAUGACCCAAGCAAAUAUAUUGUUCAGGACGUGGUUACUGUGAGAAGCAACAAGCUUGUAGUCAGGUGGAACUUUUUUAAAAAAAAAUAUAUGAUGGACCUUUUUUUUUUUUUAAAUAAUUUUCCCCCCUUGUUCAUAUAUGGUUUAAGCUAAAUGUAAGGAACUUGGUCUCAGGAUCACACAAAACCGAGACUGGAACAUUGUGUUACAGGUUGUACUCAACCUCGAGGUGUCGCACGUUCCUUCAGUAAACAAGCUGCUUCACUUUUUGGUGAAUUAAAGGACGUGGGACGCGUGUGAAAGACUGUUGAUCUAGGAUCAGUUUAUGGAUAGCAGUUGUUUAGUUGCACACUGUAGAUCUUUUGCGUCAUGUCUUUGCUGCUGCACUCCCUGUGAGGUGGCCGUGUGAAAUAUUGCACUCGCAGACGUCCCCAGGCAAAAUCUCCGCUUCGGCUUUCCUUCCCUGCUUUGCCUCCAUCGAAGUCUGAAGUCAGACCAUCCUUGGAGACCAAACGUUUGACGUUUUAAUACGUUGUCAUUCCUGUGUGUGUGUGUGUGUGUGUGUGAAGUUAUUUUUGUUGUUUUGUUUGUUUCCAUGGACAGGCAGGCCUGCAAAUGUAGAUUUAUUUAUGUAGCUUUUAAUUUUAUUUUGUGGGGGUUUUUUUCCUCUUCACCUCUUGGAGAGGGUUAUUUUUAAGUGUUUUUUUUCUGUGAUUGCAUAAAUGGAUGAUAAGCUGCGUGUCCUUUGCACUUUUCUAAAGCAGAUUGAUGCAAGCAAGCAAUUUGCCCUUCUAUGGACAGAACAUUUUGUCAGAGCGUUUUAAAACAUGAUUGGGGGGGGGGGACUCAAUCACACCAGGAUUUAAAAGUCGCUACAUGUUAUGAUAUGGCCAAGGGUAUAAAGCUAAAUUUGAAAAAUGGAGAAAGAAUCUGAGCAAUAUUUGUGACCGUGAUGAAAGUCUUUGUCUUUAUUUGGCUAUUUCUGAUGUAACACGCAACGAAUGGUGGAGAUCUGUCUACCUUUGUGUUGCAGGAAACGACGCGUUUUUGAGCGUCUCAGUUUAAGAUCCACUCCCAGAGCCUGACACAAACUGACUGAAGGCUCCAGUUACCCUUGCACUCUGUUACAUAGGAGUUACGUCUAAGGAUUUGUACCGAAUGGCCUAUUUCUAUUUUGAAGGAUUGUUAUUGUGGGUUUUAUUUUUUUUUUUGGGGGGGGUGAAACCAUUAAGCGGAAAGCAUCCACGAGGAAGUUCCGAGUCUGUUGGAUAUGACCUGCUUGGUGCCCAGAUACAUUUUGAGACGUAUAAAUGGACUCGUUCUUGCCCACAUGCCAUGGACUACGUCAAUCCUCAUUUUAGUCGGUAGACACAAAGUGGCAAGUUUUUAAGAGUGCUGUAUUUAUUUUCAAGAGUUCCUUGUUUUUAUAUGAGAAUGUUACUAAACAGGUUUUUCUUUCAAAUUAUUGCAGCACACUUGGGGAUCUAUCUUUCUUUUUUUUUUCCUCUUUAGGGCCUGCUCACUCUCAUUUCCUUCACGCCCUUCUCUUCCAUCCUGGUCCGUUUCUUAGUUCGACUUCCUCGUAUCUCCUUUUGUUCCUUUACCUUGCCUGCACCUUAAAGCCGUAGUAUAAAUGAAUUCAACCGAGAACCAUCAUAGACGCUUUUGGGAGACUCUUUUCACUUGUAAAUAGCUGUACAAAGAAAAUACUGUCUGUUUGCUAGGAGGCAUGGAGUUAAAACAAACAAUGAAAUGAGUUAUACAAUGUUUCCAAUGAAGAAAUAAAGGUUAAGAAAAGAGAUUUUGAUAGAUGAAAUUCUGAAAAAAAAUCUGUGUAAAAAUAUUUAAGACUGUAUAAUAUAAAAGGAAAAAGAGCUUAAUGUAUUUGUUGUGAAUAUGAAAAACUGAUAUAUUAAAGA